GUAAAGAAUGAAGAAUGUGUUUCAGAGGAGAACCACUUUGGCAAUAGCAUUCUCUUUAGUUAUUGGGGAAAUGCAGAAUUAGCCUAUUAUUUAAACUGAAAAAGUAAUAAACUACGAGUACAUAAUGUGUGUAGUGUAUCUAACGAUCUACUGCAUACGUAUGUUAGGGGCUGUUGGGUGGUGAAUCUAGGCAAAUUGCAAAUAGGUUCUCAGUGUAGAGAUGCACCAUACCGUCUGGUAUGGAAUCCUGAGCGUGAGAGUGACAGCCCUGCUGGACAGUAUACAGGAAGUCAGGGUGACAUUCAGCAGGGUUCUCCCCAAAACAGAAUCAGCUGGCUGCAGUCUGCCUGUACUACAGUACAUGUGUAUGUAGUACAAUCCUCUGGCACACUGACUGCACAGUCUGACUAGAUGCACUUUGCAUGCAUUGGUCUGCACUGUUCUCAGUUGACAGAGGGUGUUGCAGUGAUGGGAUGGACCUCAAAUAGUGUCGGGCACUGCAAAUUUGAAGAAUGCAACAUUGGGGGAUAAAACCAUGAUGAAGUAAAUUGUAUUCAUAUUUUUGUCUGAUACCUGAGGAGAUGAGUUCAUCAAUAGCACACAUGAAUUGGUUCACUGUCAUGUGCCCUGCCUAGCUCUUGACACCCAUCUCUGAAAACAGAAUAUUGUCAAACAUAAUAUUAAACCAGAAGUCUGGGUUUGUCAACAGCAGUUAGCACAUAUUUAAGGACUGUCAGCAGAUGCCAAAAGGCCUCUCUUGCCAAGGCUGUUUUUAUACGCUGCACUUUUAUAUUUGCUCGGUGGUACAUCUGCCUGUCAUUAAAUUGAAAAAACCAUGGAACGCACAUCAUGUCUGCUAUGUGACACUUAAUUUCUGUCUUGACACCUCUCACGCACCUGUUCUUCAGAUUAAACAUCUGGGCUUGGUGCAACAGUCCCUAAAUACUGUGCCUAUGGACAGCCACUUCUGAAUAGAAAAAUGCUCGUUUGAGGAAAGUGAGAAGUUAAAACCCAGUAAACCUGGAGUGUGCGGAUGAAGCAUCUGUCUUUGUCCCCACAUCCCUUUUCAGUAUGGCUAAUCUCAUAUGUACACAGGUACUGCAGAAGCAGAAAAUUAAUGCCUACCCCCAUAAUAGAGUAUUGGCCUCAGCUUGUUCUGAAUUUGUAGUUAUUCUCCAUUUAUGUAGCACAGGAAGUAUUCAAAUAAAAAGUUUUAAGCAUGUGUUCAUUUUUUUGACUUGAUAAGCAACACUGCAACCAUAAGCUACUUCUCUGUUUUCGGAACUGAAGCCAGGUGGAGCGAGAACCAGGAAACAAAAGCUGGUUUGUUUCCUGUUUAUGUUUCCAUAGUAUUUUCUGAGCUACUAGUGCCUGUUGCGAGGACAAACCAAUCAGAAGAGGGUGAUGGGUCACAUAUUUUUAAAAAGCAAGUACAAAAUCCACUGGUACAGAAAAAGCCAAUUAUAAUGGCUAAUACAUUUGUGCUUGAGUAAAUGGCUGCUUUUAGGCUGGAGAAUUCAUAAGUGUCUGCUUUGUCCAGCUCAUUGCUUUCUGGAAAAAGAAGGAAAGAAAUAGCUGCUCACUAGUGCACUGUCUCUGUCUGUGGCAUGCUUCCAGUGAUGGGAUUUAAGCUGUCUUUAUUUUCCGAAGUAAUGAGAUAAGUACUUCUGCCAUUCUGGUGACAUUGGACAACUCUGUUACGUAGUGAACAGUUUUGAUGAAAAAUGCAAAUACUCUUAAUUCACCGUGAGGUCACCUGGAGAUGCUGUCCGUGCUAGAAAAUAUGUACUAUAGCAAAUACAUUUGAGCAAAUCAGAUGGCACUGUGUCCGGAGAUAAAUGUAGGUGGUUCUCGCUUAUCCACACAGUGGGAAAACAUUAAGGACCCAAAUUUCACAGUUCUUGUUUAUAGCUGUGUUGAAAAACCUAUGUAGUUCAUCAUGACAAAUGACUACAAUCUACUACUGUGGUUUGUGUGUGUGUGAGAGAGAGAAAGCGAGAGCAAGAAAAAGAUGUGUCGAGUGGGAAAACCUGUGUUUUUAAUGAAAAGCAUUAGAGCCUGAUAUGGACUUAAUUUCGUUACUCUGCAUCACAACUGCUGAUAGUACAACACCACUGUUUCAAACAUGUGCCUCAGACUGGCUGGAAAUUGUGUUUCAGUUGUAUUGCCUAACCAUAUCAUCUGUGUGAAGAGCUCCUUCAUUUAUAAAGAAAUCCAGUCUGAGCUGUAGCUAGCUUACUAAAACCAGACAAACUGGCUACAUACCGUUGCAUAGACACUGUUGCCAAUGCAAUACGCUGACUAGACUAUUCUAUUCAGUGGCUUUUUUGUUAUGAGCAGUGAGUAAUUCUGAGAUAAAUUCAUAAUAUUCUGUGCCUUGAGCAAAGUUCUGGAAAUUACAUUUUAAAAAGAAACAUGUGGCACAGAGAAGACUGCUGCUGUCUCAGGGAGAGACAGGUGAGAUUCAGGUUGCCAUUCUAAGGUCAGUUUAUUUACCGUGAUACUUGGUCCAUUAAAGAGAGUGAGCAGAUUGCAUUAUACAGUAAGGUUAUGUUAAAAAGGUUUGUUACAGGAUCAAAAUGUUCUUAGAACCUCUUUUUUUCAUUUCCAUAUUAGACUUAUGGAACAACCUUUGGCUCUGUUUUUGAGUCGGAGUAUUGAGUGAAAUUAGUGAGCCAUGCCAAGGUUCCUGGUUACUGUUGUGUAUCAGUGUAAUUACAGCAGUGGGGGUGAAAUCAAUUCAUGAGUGUAACUGCUUGCUCUUAUCAAUUCUUUUACAUUUGGAUUCACAGAGAGGGGAAUAUGAAGGAGGGGCAGUAUCCACAAAAGCCUUACCCAACAGGAAACAGAAAUGGCAAAAUGAACCCUCUCUACAGUGCUUGGGAGGUAUCUGAUGAAGUUGAUGGUCUUUGUGAUGAGAAUGAAUUUUACCAAGAGGGUACCUUUGUAUCUAAACAGAAAUGCGAAAGUCUGGAUGAAAGGAAUAUUGUGGUAUCAUGUCAUUUGCUGGCCCAAACGGCAUCUGUCGUUGAAGAGCUGGGCCAAGUUGCUGAGGAACAUAAAGGUGGGGAUUUGCCUGAGAAGAUUCUCCUUCCGAUCAGGUCAUCUAACAAGGAUUUAAAAGAACACAAGAACAAGCAGCUUGAUAUAUCCAGCACUCAAAAUUUUCUCAAGUCAGAUCUGUCCGCUUGUAAACAAUGCUCUGGCCCAAAUAUCCACCCGACGUCUCAUGCUAAUUCAAGAGUGAAAAGCCUGAUACCACUGGCCCAGAGAGUCUUCUCUGCUGCAUGUGCCGAGCCAAGAAAGGAAAUGGCCUUUGGGAAAAAUCAGGAAAUCUCAAAACAGGCACACCACCUGGUCUCAGCUGGCAGCAUGCUUUGGCCACACAAAACACCAGGUCUCAAGACCAGGGCAUCUGGCAAGUUGCUGGACCUGUGCCCCAAGAGUGCUGCCACCAGGGGGAAGCAGAGGGCGAGGUCGCACAGUGGCUAUGUGUCUGUUGAUGAAGCUGGACCGGUCAGUCUCAGGUCGGCAAGCCUGGUUCUGGGUCGUGAAGGAGUGCAGGCACGGAAUAUUUGUGCGAGCUGGCAGAAGGAAUUCGAGACGACCUAUCACCGGUUCCGAGACUGUGGUUCGGGAUCGGGGGGGUACAGCUUGAGGCUGUGCCACGCUGAUUACAGACAGCCCAUCUACAGUGGGGUCACCCAAGGCCGCAUUCUACCCAGCACACACCUCUAUCUCUGGGAAACGGUCAGCAGAGGUUCCAGCCAGCACGCUCGUUCUCAGUUCAGACCGUUCAUGUGGAAGAGUGAAGGAGAUGAAAGAGGAGCGACAGGACCUUCAGGACACCCUGCUGACAGUCAGCCAGACAGCCAGGCAGCUCGGCCCAAGGACAUAAGGUGCCAAUCAAUGCGACAGCAGAAUCCUGAGCCCCCACAGACUGAGCAAUGGCAGGAUCAGGACUUCACGCUGAAACAUAUUCUGCAGGUCCUACAAUGCAGAUGAACCCAUUCCAAUGCUCUCAGCUUCCACAUUUUGUGUCCGAAACGAUUAUUGCCCAAUAGUGGUCUUUCUCAGCCAAAAUUUCAUAGUAUGGUUGUAAAGCUUCCAGGUUAUUUUAUAGGCAGCUCUUCUCAGAUAUUUGCAACACACACAUAUGUGUACAUUUUGUUUUUAUUGAAAGACUGUGCAUUUUCUUAUUUUCCUACAGUGUAAAAGGUCAUAGUGUAAUAAAAGAAACACAAAAGUUAACAUGAUAACUGAUUGCAAUGGAAUAAUAUAAAAACAACACCUGCUGACCAGAAUUUCAAUAACAUCCUCACAAUACAAUUAGCUACCCUAGAAACAAUAUAACAGUCUAAAUUGUGAACAAUAAUUUAACGGACAAAAACCAACAAAAAUAUUUUUCCAAAAUGUUGCAUAGAUCCAAUAUGCAACAACAAAAAAAUAUGUACAAUCUGAUAAUGAUUUUGUGGUGUUUUCUGUAUUUUUGUAGUCGGUGUGAUAGAAAAAUAAUAAUAUAACAGAAGCAAAAUAAACAUUAUAUUGACAAACCAGAUAUUAAAACAUUUCCAACAAUGCCAUCAGUACCAAUCCUUAAUAGUUAUAACUUACAUGAGUCUGGGAUAUUAAAGUAACUUGAACUAGGAGAAAUAUGCACCUUGCAUGAGUAUGCACAAAGUAUACACAAGUAUACACCUUGUGUAGACACACAGACAUCACACUGUGUCAGGAUACAACUGCACAUAACUGUAAAAACAUAAAACUGCAAGUUAAUCAAAAACAUCAAGACUUAUAUUAAUAUAUUAUUCAUAUUUCUGAUUUAAGUUUACACUGCUGCUAUGCACGUUUUAUCAGAUUUUUAAAAACAUGAUUUUAGUUUAAUUUUGUAUUUUUAAGAAGUAGUCUAGUGGUUAUUUAUAUUUUUUCUAACUGAGAUGAAGCUGGAGAUGUUGAAAUCAGCUUGAUUUAAAGUGCUAUUUUCAGUUU